AGGAAGGAAACUUAGCUAAGCUUAGCUCACCCUCACUCUUCUUCUCUCUUCAUCUUCCCUCUUCUCUCUAAGCGCACAGCUCACAACCUCGACUCGCCGGUCACAAUGGCGCCAGCCGUCGAACAACUCAAACCCGAGCCACCAGCCGCCGUCCAUUGCCAACAUAUCCUCGUCAUGCGCCACGGCAACCGUGGCGAUGACGGCACCAACGAUUCGUGGUGGACCCGGGUCCCCAAACCGUGGGACACUCCAUUGGCUGAUGCGGGCCGGAUCAAGGCACUUGAAACUGGCAAGAAACUGCUGGCUGAGCUCGGGUGUCCGAUCCACCGGGUCGUCGCGUCGCCGUUCCGACGGUGCAUCGAGACCGCACGGGAACUGAUUGCCGGUCUCUUUACAGCGGACAACGACGACACCCCAAACGUUGCGCUAGGUAAUGAUGGCGAUUCCGCUGACUCAUCGACACCAAGAAUCAAGGUAUCUAUAGAGUAUGGAAUAUGCGAGAUGAUGAACGACGUCGCACAAUGGUAUCAUCCCACGGAUCGCAAUUCGUUGGGAUUUGACCUAGAAGAGCUCGAGGCUUCGUUUCCACGGGAUGUUGUAGAGGUCACACCGGACCGGGUGUUCAUGGAGGUACGAGGUUUUUACGUGGCAACGUGGUCAGUGUAUAAACUUGUAAUUUUGAUGAUAAUCUCUUCGGGGAUGGCAACAUGCAUCAAAUAGUCAUAACCAAAAACCAAACGCUCAUGGCGAAGGUUUUGUCUCUUUUAGAGUAGAAUUAGAAUGCGCGACGACAUAGUUUUACAAUGUGAAUUAUCGUGUAUCAUUAAGUCGCGAUCCUUUGUGACGUUUGCACGAUUAAAGGGUUUUUGCUUUGCUAUACAACUUUGGUUUACUUCCAUCAUAAACGAGAUUAAAAAAUCACCCUUGAAGGUUGUAAGUUAAACUACGUGUAAUUGCAUGGUCUAAUUUGGAGUUUAUCUAAAUUGCUGUAGCUGCCACAAUGGGGAGAGAGCGAAUCCGGGGCAAGAGAUCGAUACCUGCUCACUAUUCACUCCCUCGUUGACAACUACCCUGAAGAGAAUCUACUGUUCGUCGCUCAUGGGGAAGGAGUGAAGGUCACGGCCUCGACAUAUUGGAAGGAGGCAAGAGGGCACAAAAUAAAACCGGACUAUUUUGGAUAUGUGCAUCUCAAGAGGCAAAUCGUUCGAAAUGGCAAUUCGUUCACCGCUAA